AUGAUGGAUUCUCCCUCUCGCUCCUCCGUCAUCAUCGUCGGUGCCGGCAUCUCCGGUAUCGCUGCGGCGAAGGUGUUGGCCGAGAGCGGCGUGGAGGACGUCGUGAUUCUGGAGGCGUCGGACCGCGUCGGCGGUAGGAUCCGCAAGGAGCGUUUCGGGGGUGUGUCGGUGGAGCUCGGCGCCGGUUGGAUCGCGGGCGUUGGCGGGCCGCUGUCUAACCCUGUUUGGGAACUCGCCACCCAAUUCGGCCUCCGCACAUGCUUCUCCGACUAUAGCAAUGCGCGCUACAAUAUCUACGACCGCAGGUUCAUUCAUCUCCCGCGUACUGACGUCGUUUGCACUGCCGGGAACAUCAUUCCGAGUGGAAUCGCUGCUGACUCAUACAAAAAGGCGGUGGACUCAGCGAUUCAGAAGUUGAGGAACCAGGAAGAAGAAGAAGAAGCAAAUGAUGGCCAUGGUCAUGGUGAUGACCAUAAUGAUAAUAGUAAUAAUAACGAAACGAAACGGCCUUCGACGCCGGAGACGCCAGUAGAGCUCGCCAUUGAUUUCAUCCUGCAUGAUUUCGAAAUGGCUGGUACGAUCCGUUCAGUUUUUCACCGUUGA